GGGGGGUAUAUAAUUGGUCUUCUUCCGUGUUUACCUGAAGCUGUAGGGAGUGUCUCUAACCGGAGGCUUUCAAUGAACCAAACGAGCUAACAACGAAUGUGUGUGUGUGUGUGUGUGUGUGUUUUGUCUUUUUCCGGAUAACUUAUGAAAAGGAAAGAAAAACAAGAAUCGAAAAGUUGUGACGGAGAGACGCAAAGUUUUACUUUUACUGUAACACAAUGGGAUGUUGCAGUAGCACAGAGGGUGAUCGGGACUGGAAGCCGACGGAGAACCGCAAAUACACGGAUAUACCAUGGCUCAUCAUAUUCUCACUGUUUUGCAUUGGCAUGGCCUUAAUUUGUGGCUUUGCCAUCGCCACAGGAGGUGCCUCCCGCCUCGUCUCUGGAUAUGAUAGUUACGGCAACACCUGUGGCCGAAAUAACACCAACAAGAAGAUUGACGGAGUGCCGCUCAGUGGCGCUGACAUGACUGAGAAAAAGUACGUUUUCUUUCUAGAGCCUUGCAAAUUUGACAUAAUCAGCAGAAAAUUCAAGUCCAUCGCCUUGUGCGUCUCCCAAUGUCCAGCCACAGAACUGAAGACCUACAGAGAGUUGAAAGAUUUUGCGCUCAGUAAUGGGUCUUAUCUCUGCUCCUAUGAGCUUACUCCAAGACAAUAUGAGAACAACCCAAAAUGUCCAAAACCUCCCGUUCCACAAAGUAAUGCUGUCCCCGUCUUCCACCGCUGCAUCCCUGUGAACAUCAGCUGCUAUGCUGAGUUCGCCCAGGCUUUCAUCACAUUUGUUGGUGACAACACUGUGCUGCGGCGUGUCAUUGCAGGAGUGAUCACCAGCAAAGAAAUCAUCAUGGGUCUUUGUGUUCUGGCUUUUGUCUUGUCCCUGAUCAUGACGGUUGUUAUUCGUUACAUCUCUAAAGUGCUGGUUAUAAUUCUCACCGUUCUGGUAAUCAUCGGCUCAGUAGGUGGGACGUGUAUCCUCUGGUGGUUGUACGCGGACCAAAAACAUGGCCUCAGCAAAAACAGCACAAGUGUAUUAUGGAAAGAAGUGGCCGGAGACAACGACAAAGCUUUGCUUGUUUAUUCUAUUGGUGCUACUAUUUUCACAGUAGUGCUGCUGCUGCUGAUGUUUUUCUUGAGGAAGCAUGUGUCUCUCACCAUCAGCCUGUUCCAUGUGACAGGUAAAGUGUUCACCAGCCUCCCCCUGUUGUUCCUGCAUCCCUUCUGGACCUUCCUCGGCCUCAUGAUGUUCUGGGUCUACUGGGUGGCCGUGCUUCUCUUCCUCGGGACGUCAGGAUCUCCUGUAAAGAACAACUCCACAGGUGUGGUUGAGUAUCAGAUGCAGGGGCCUCUUCAGUACAUGGUGUGGUAUCACCUCGUUGGUCUCAUCUGGAUCAGUGAGUUCAUCCUCGCUUUCCAGCAGAUGACCAUCGCUGGAGCUGUCAGCACUUAUUUUUUCACAAGGGACAAGGAUAACUUGCCACAAUUUACGGUAGUUUCCUCUUCAAUUAACACCUUGCGCUACCACAUGGGCACUGUGGCAAAGGGAUCCUUCAUCAUCACACUGGUUAAGAUUCCUCGUAUCAUCCUCACGUACAUCCACACCCAGCUCAAAGGAAAAGAAAAUGCUUGCGCUCGUUGCAUGUUGAAAGCCUGCGUCUGCUGUCUGUAUUGUCUUGAAAAGUGUCUGGUAUUCCUAAACCAAAAUGCCUAUACUGCAACGGCCAUAAACGGCACCAACUUCUGCUCUUCAGUUUGUGAUGCUUUUAAGCUCUUGCUUGAGAACGCGGCCCAAGUGGCAGUCAUUAACACAGUAGGGGACUUUGUCCUCUUUAUGGGAAAGGUUCUAAUAGUCUCCUGUACAGCUUUUGUGGGCGUCCUGGCUCUGAAUUACCAACAGGACUACACCGUCUGGGUGCUACCUCUCCUCAUCUCCUGUCUGUUUGCCUACCUCGUGGCCAACUGCUUCCUCUCUCUGUUUGAGAACGUGGUCGACGUCCUCUUUCUCUGCUACGCUGUGGACAAAAAGCUCAAUGACGGCAGCUCUGGGCGACCGUACUACAUGGACAAGGAAUUGAUGGAGCAUAUUGAGAAGAGCAGUAAAAUGGGUAAAUACAAGUCGCCAGAGGGAGCGAGACAGGAAAUGAAGCCCAUGAGAGGUGGCGGGACUUCAGCUUGACCAAUUAUCUAACCACCAUGUCAUAAAAGCUGCUUAAAAAAGCUCUUGAAAUGCACACAGUAUGACAAGAAUGAAGCCUGGCUUACCAGUAACCAACGUCAAAUUCAGAGGCUUCAGCAGAAUUUACGAUGCAUUUUGGACAGAAGCUCUGAACACUUACAGCUUUUAUAGAUUUUACCGUGUUUUACAGUUGUAAAGAGAGGGACUUUCAUAAAAACUGAAAACUAAUAGUGGGGAAAAGAGAUGUUUUUUAGUUUUGUUUUAGUCAUUUGAUGAGUUUUGGUUUGUUUACCCUUUGCUGCCAUUCAUUACUAUUAACUCAUUUGUAUGUUCUUGUUUUAUAUGUUGAGGUCAACAGAUGUAUUAACACUGGUGUCCAAUAAUGCAUUGAUUUUGUUUUGUUUUUAAAUGGGUUGCCUAAAUAAAUCUUUUUAAUACAAAAA